UGUCUGUCACUUUUAAAUCUAAAUAUGCUGCUCGCAUACUUGUUGCUGCUGAAAAUUCCUUUGGUUUUGCCUAACAAUAUUACCACGAGUAAUAUCAACCAUUAUCACGAGCCAACCUACAGCCAUCUGAGUUCGUAUCUGGUAUCGUUGCGGACUCGUAAAUAUAUUCACUCUCCUGGAGAUAAUCACUUCUGCACCGGAGUUAUCCUAACCAAUCGCCAUGUGCUUACCUCAGCACACUGCAUUACGGACAAAAACGGUGUAAUGAUGAGCCCUAAACGGAUUGUGGUGGCACUUUGCGCGGCUCUUUUUAAGACUCCGGAGUCGGAGGAAUUUGUUGUAGAUAUUCAUAAUAUGCUUAUCCACCCGUACUACCAACGGAACCAGCACAAUGAUAUAGCUAUAAUAAAACUGAAGAGGUAUGUGAGGUUGGACGGCCAUCACCUGGCCCCAGUUUUGCUUGGCAACUCCUCGCUGGAAGUGGGAAAUGAUUGCAAGACCAUUGGUGGAAACUUCGGCGUACGAGUGGAGGCAAAGAUUUGGAUCAUUCCAUAGCAUGUUGCUUGUGAAUGUCGAACUGCGGCCAUUCGACGAUUGUCUGAAGGUGAAGAAGAGUCUAAUGGAUGCUAGGCCGGAAAACGAGGACCUCAUAUGUGUAAAGUCCAUGGAGCAUCAGAUGUGCACCUCGGAUUUCGGUGGUCCACUAUUUUGCGAUGGUCAGCUGUAUGGGAUAGCUCUGGGCUCCAUCAAUUGCUCCAGUUCAGAGCCAGUUUUCUUCAGUGACGUAUCGUUCUACAACAGCUGGGUGACCAAAAUGAUAUCGGGGGGCUUUAUCGCAGCGAGAUUUUCCAUUUAUUCCUACAUCAUUUUAUUGCUCAACCUUAUAUGGAAACAGGACAGGGAAAUAUAACUCUCUCUAGAGAAAGGAAAAAUUGACCGGCCCCUGCGAGCCAUGGAAAAUUGGGGAAAGCCCUAGGAAACUUUCGCCUGUAUUGCACCUGUGCCACGUGUGGCACGUUCACUUUCCCCCGCCCAGAAAAACCGCACUGACUUUCCUUUCAACUCCAACAACCAUAUUUUCGGUUGUUCAACGCUUUUACACUUUUGCAUUAAUCAAGAAGAAAAGAAAACUGCCGAAAAAACUUAAUAAAUUUGUACAUAAAACAUGAUUGAUAAAGGCCAUAAAUAAUCCCAAUAAUAA